CUCUCUCUCUACACACAGAGCUAUCAACCAACAACAAUGGGAAUCUCAGUCCCCAGCUUUUUCAAAGAGCGAAAGUUCUCUUUCAUUUUCACACUCUUACUCCCACUCGCCUGCAUCACCAUCCUCCUCUUCACCAAGACCACCACCAACGCCCAUUACCCUCUCUUCUUUUACUCUGAUCUCCAGACCUCCCCCUCCUCCUCCCAACCCAUCUCUCCUCCCGCGCCCUUCAACCCUGCCGGAGAGCCACCCCAAGGGGACGAACUCGUUUGGGAGGAACCCAUUUUCCCUGUUUUUGGGAUUCCUAAUUGGAACCUCUGUACGGGUCUGGUGGCCGUCGAUUACAUUCCGUGCUUGGACAAUUCCGAGGCGAUCAAGGCGUUGAAGUCGCGCCGGCAUAUGGAGCACCGCGAGCGGCAUUACCCCCAAGCGCCCCCGCGAUGCCGGUUCCGUGGCCUCAGAGCAGGGACAUGAUAUGGUAUGACAAUGUUCCUCACCCGAAGCUCGUCGAGUACAAGAAGGACCAAAACUGGAUGAAGAAUUCCGAUGACUAUCUUCAUCUUCAUCUUCUUCCCCCGCAACCCAGAAAAAAAAUACACCCAUUCAGUUCGUCUUCCCCCCUU